UGAUGUGUGGCAGGACAGCUGACGAGGCAAGUGAGGUGUCAUAACUAGCUCACUGCACACUAAAGACCCCCCCCCCCAUACUAACUCUUCACACAUAUCAGAAAACAGGAAGAGAAAAUCAUCCAUGUAAAGUGAAGGUAUAGAGGAGGAGGGAAGACUGUGGUGGGUGUGUGUGUGUGUCUCGUCAUGGCUGGGGUUGGUUAACCUGCUGUAGUUUGACCGUAUGUGAGAACAAAACUCAAACUGUGGUUGCAGUAGUCAUCGUGUAAACUAUAUUUGAAGGACUGAGGAAGAAAAAGCAACAAGAAAAUGUUGGUGUGGUGUUAUAUAACGGCUGUGGUUGUGGUCCUGGCCCCUACAGUACAGUGCUGGGACGCCGAGGAGAUGGAGUUGUUUGAUGUGGUGGAGGAAGUCAAUCAAAAUUUUUAUGAAGUUCUUGGAAUAUCUCAGGAUGCUACCUUAGGUGAAGUAAAAAAAGCAUACCGAAGAUUAUCACUGCAGCUCCAUCCUGACAAGAAUGAUGCACCUGAUGCAGAGGAAAAAUUUAGACAGCUCGUGUCUAUCUAUGAUAUUCUGCGUGAUGAAGGACAGAGGGCGCGAUACAAUCAAGUGUUGGUGGAGGGAUUGCCCGAUUGGCGUUCACCCAUCUACUACUACCGAAGAGCUCGCAAAAUGUCCAUGUUGGAGAUCUCUGUCAUUCUUACUAUUGUUAUAUCCAUCACACAGUACUUGAUGGCAUGGGGAUCAUACAUAGACAGAAGACAUUGCUUGGAAGAAAGUUUGAUGAAGAAGUACAAGAUUAAGGACAGGAAGAAAAAGAAGGCAGAGGAUCUUGAAACUAUCUCUCUAAUGGAAGCAGCACUGGGCCAGAUCCCCAAACCUAGUUGGUGGAAUAUUCUGCCGGUACAGCUGGUGAGGCUAGUUGUGUUCCUGGUGACAGGCGGCCCAGGGCUCGUGCGGCAAAUCUUGGCCAGUAUCCAGGAGGAGCGUGAGAGAAAAUUACAGGAGAAGAAAGAUGAAGAGGAAGAGGAGAGAAGGCGCCAGGAAGAGGAGGAGAAACGUAGAGAGAAGAAGGCUAGUCGAAAAGAAGCAAGAAAGAGAGUUAAUGUCCUCCCUGACUUUUCUAAUGAGGAUUGUCUCUUGGAAGCUGUGGAUGGGCCAGAGUCUGAAGGACAGAGGGUGAAGCCUGUCACCCCUUCUGUUCCUGUUGUCACUGGUGGUCCAUGGACUGAUGAAGACUUCUGUGAACUUGCUCGUCUUAUGGCUAAGUUUCCAGGAGGCACUGUUGACCGCUGGGAGCGUAUUGCAGACAUGAUGGGACGAACUGUAUUUGAAGUCACAAAGAUGUCCAGUAAAGUGAAGGCUCGCUUAAUGCAGCGCUCGUCUGAGGUUGAGAGUGAAGAAAUUGUACCAGAAGUUAAGGUGAAAGUCAAAACUAGAGCAGAGAAGUCUGACCUGUCUGCUGGCUGUGAUGAAAUGUGGAACCCCAUACAACAGAAGGCCUUGGAAAAAGCAUUAAAGCAAAACCCAAAGGGCACUGACCAGCGCUGGGACAAGAUUUCUCGAGCUGUGCCGGAUAAGACUAAGGAGGAGUGCAUGUUGCGCUUCAAGUUCCUUGCUGAGAAAAUCCGCAAGAAGAAAGGGGAGGGAUCCGAGAAGCAGGACAGUGAGGAGCCGCAGGAGGGGCGACCACAAGAAGAGACAGAUGUGACUCUGGGUGGCUGUGACAGUAAAUCACUUGAGACAAAAGAGACUGGAGACAAAAUACAAAACCUUGAUCAUGGAUUUAAAGAAGAGGAUAAUUGUGACAGAGUCAGCCAGUUGCAGGGAAAUGAAUCUCAGGAUUAGUACUGAAGUUAUUAGAUCAACUUUCACAGGUGCUUUGUCCCAGCUCUUGAGAUAAACUAUUUUGAUAUUGGCAAAUCUAAUCAAUAAUGGUAUAAGGUAAAGCUAUCUUUACUAAUUCAGGGUCGGAUCCAGACCUCAAAUUUGACCGAUGUAGUUGGAAUUUUACACUUCAUUCCGUAAUGCCACGUUUAUAAUAACUAAUUAACUUAUAUUUACUUUGAUUAAUAUAUGUUUAGCCAGAUAUUUCAACCUAUAUUUUGUUAUAAAAUAAAAUGGAGUAAGACUGUAUAUACUGUACGUAUAGUUUUAUUGAUUUACACAAUACUGUUUAUAGCUUUGUACAGUAUGUAUACAAACAGACACUGACAUACAUCAAUAAGUAAUAAAUGUACAUAAGAUAAUUAUAAUAUGUCAUAAUUCUUUAUGAUAUCAACUAGUUCCAUCCUACAAGGAUGUACCUAAGCAAACUUGUUCACAAUGAUGUUCAAAUCAAGUUCCAUUGAAUAGUGAACAUCCAUGAGAGCAAGUCCAUUAAGAUGAUCAUUAUAUCCAGUUACUUGCAGGGCAGGAUUAACCUCAAGACUAAUGAGGCUGUACUUAAGCCCUCAUGAUAUUUAGGCUCUCAAGUUUAGGCCUUAAUUUGUAUUUCUUAAACUUAAAUCUUGUCACAAGUUAACAACUUAACAAAGUGGUUAAGUAAAUGACUUUUGUUAUGUUUAUUAAGGCUCUACAUUAUUAUAUACGAGAAUAAAUACCCUUUUUUUUUGCAUAUACGUAAUAUACAGUAUGGUAGUACUGAUCAUAUAUAGGCCUUUCCCUCUUAGGCCCCUCACAACCUUAAUCUGACCCUGACAUUGUCAAAGGUGACCACCGCGUGAUGCCUCAAGGGGGAAUCCCGGCUUGCGUUCAGGUGAUGUGAGUGUAACCCUGCCUGUGACAUUACCCCAACACCAGGCCCAGCUUCGAUUAUCCAGAAGCUGGUGAGCCAUGGAGGGAAAGAAUGAGAGAGAUCAUUUUACCAAUAGGUCAUUUAUUUGACUGCUGCAUAUGAUACCUUUGCAUUGGUCAGAAUUUUUUUGAGUGAUGUAAGUGCAUCAGCUUGGAUUCGGCCUUGUGAUUCAUCAUAAAUAUAAACAUUUAGUUUCAUUUUGUAAAACUUGAGUGAAGAUUGACCAUAUUACAUUUCCCUUCACUUUUAUUCUCGAGGAAGAAAGGUUUUCUUUUAUUCUAAAUGAAUAACCAAAUUUAUAUUGAUUCAGCAAGGUUAUAUUUGUCAUAUGGUCUCAUACGUGGUGAUCACUGGUCAUAUAGUGUACACUAGCAUUUGACCCUUAUUCGUAGUUGCCACAUUUUGUAGCAAGUCUCGGCUUUUGAUGGGUUGGGUAACAAAAAAUGUAAUUUAGGGUGAUGUGAAGUUGUGUAAGAAAGUGGAGAACAGUAAAUUGUGGUAUUUCCUAACAGCAGAGUUGCACAAAAGAAUUGUAGAUAUUAGGGUGCUUGAAAUGUUAAUUUUAAAUGCCUGAUGGAUGGAUGAUUGCUGAUGCCAGGCUCAGUUUAUAUCAUCAUUUUGCCUUGUACAGUACAAUGCAGUGCAGGAGAGUUCAGAGUGAAGUAUUAUCAGAAAAGGAUGUAAUGUAAUCAGUCUUCCUUCUGUCCUUCAAGCAAGAUUUGUAAUUUUAUAUAUAUAUAUAUAUAUAUAUAUAUAUAUAUAUAUAUAUAUAUAUAUAUAUAUAUAUAUAUAUAUAUAUAUAUAUAUAUAUAUAUAUAUAUAUAUAUAUAUAUAUAUAUAUGCUAAUAACCACUUUGACACAAUAUAUUAUUUUUAUUACUCUUAAGGACUGUCAUUUACCUUUGUAUACUUUAGCAGGAAAUAGAGGUUUCUUCCAGAUCUUUAUAGAAUUAUUUUUACUUGACACACAUUUGGAUCAUGUGUAUACUUACUCAGUUCAGUUGUGCUUGAUACCAUGGUCAGGGGCAUGUCUCCACAACUGAGGUAGUUAUCAAAUGUUGCCAGCUCUCCAGAUGACAUUCAUAUUUUUCAAAUAUUUUAAUUAUCUUAACGCUGGCAUGCAUUUGCUUUGUUAGAAUUUUAUGAAGGUGGUUUUUGCAAUUUAUUUUUCUGGAGGCUACUGCAACUCGGUGUAGAGUAUACAGUACAUGUCAGCUGAUGCAACCACUUUGCAUUGUGCUCCUUAAGGAUUUCAUCACUGAUUUUUUCCUUAAUUAUUUAUUUACCCAAUGCCUGUUUGUCUAAAUCUUCACCUGUUUGUGUGGCCAUUAUCAGUACUGAAUUGUGUGAAUUAUAGUUUUUUCUGAUUCAUCAUGAUUAACGUGCUGUAUUUCAAAACUCUUAGCCAUUGAUAAUGAUGUUCUUCAGAUAUUAUAUAAACUUGGCUCUCUUUUUCAAACAGUAACACGGAAAAUACUUUAGUUAUAUUAUGUAGUUAACUGCUAGUCAAGAAAGUUGAAUUUUGAUUGAAUAUUUUUUCAUGUGUAAUUUGUAAGUGAAUAGCCCAUUUGUUAGUACUUUGUUAAUAAAAAUAUGAAAACAAUA